AGUGAAUUUAUACGAUAGUUUAAAUUUUCUGAAAAUGUAUUUGUUAUGCCGCAGUCACAGUUGAAAUAACAGUAAAUGAUAUUUCACCAAAGAAGGAUGAGUUGUUUAAGGUUUUGCCGCUUUGUUUAAGAGUUAUUUAGGCUUCAAAAUGUUCACACUUGAAAACGAGAAGGCCUAUUACAUCAGGUUUAUACUGCUGCUAGUAAAGGGCGGUACUGAAGUACUGAGGAAAGUAGUCAUAAAAGGACUUCAGAAACAAAAUGUAAGUCUGGAGACGUUCCUGGAAGAAAACAGAUCUAUAAUAUGCAACUCGGAUGGAUCUCAUAUCAAAGACCCAACGGGAUAUCUUAUACCCACCUUCACCACAUUCAACUGACAUAUCAAAAUGGGACAUUGCUCUUUUAUCAUUUGUAAUUCUUGAAAAUUUUAAGCCAAGUUUCACUGCUAGUGAUAUAUCAUCAGUGGUAAAGCUAAGAGAUAUGCAAGAUAUUGUCUCCGCCCAUCAAGCCGACACUGCUAUAGAUGGAAGAAAAUUUACAACAAUUUGGAGUGAUCUGUCUCUAACUAUUACAAAACUGUGUCAUGCAUUGAACCUGAAUGAUGAUGAAAUGGACUACUUGAAUCUGGUGAGCAGUAUUGCUAGCGAUGGUCUUGAUAUGAAUGAGGCAGUCAAAGAACUUGAAAUGUUGAAAGACUCGGGUGAAUUUCUGAAAGGCAUUCAAACAAGUCUUGAGAAUCUGGAAUAUUUAGAAUCUGCGAAACAGUCGCAAACGGCGCUGGAGACGUCAGUCAGUGCUUUAAAUGAAGAUGAUCCAGGUCAUUUGACAGAAAAGAUGGAUCGUGUACAGCUGACAGACACAGAUGAAAGUAAAGAUGUUAUCGAUGAUGACGCUACUGGUACCGCGGUAAAGGACAGCAACACAUCAAACUCGGAUACUGACACUGAAAGUACUAAAAUGGGAGAUGAAAAAGAAAUAGCUGAGAAUGCUGUGCCUGAAUUAUUGGCAAUUAAAGGAAAGAAAAAGAAAAGAAAGAAAAAUAAAAGGAAGCAUAAAAAGGACACAGAUGCUAAGCGACAAAAGCUUCAGACAGAAACAGACAAGGAUAUAGAGAUUGUAAAUAAGCAGGGGCGAUGUGUGUGGGAAGACGGAUUUGAACUUUCCAAGACGACAACAUCAAACGCUGAUAAGUCAUUGAAUCCAGAACAAUAUUCCGGUAUGGUAUUUGGUAUGGGCAAAUCAACGAAGACCCGACAUUCUGAAAACCCACCCGAAAUGCGUGCUACUCAUCAAUGUAGUCUGUUUGAAGGUAACAUUAAAAAUGAUAAAUCAUUAGAAACAAAAAGUGAUGAUGAUAAAAAUAGAUCCAGUAAGAAUCAAGAAAAACAAGCACAAACGGGUGUUCAUUCGGAAGCUCAAACACUGGACAAACUCAACAAUGAUGCAAAGUAUACGGCAAGUCAAGCAACGGAAUCUGACAAGGAUGGGACUGAUGUUGACGGCGACUACAAAACUAAAAUGGAAACCAGAAGUAAAACGAAAACACCAGCUGAGAGACCCAAUUCUAAAACACGUGGAAAAGAUCCAAAACGUACUCCCGACGAAAGUAAACGUACAUUAGACAGAAUAUCGACUGAUACUGAAGAAAUGAUUAGAGUACAGUUUCAUGUCUUGAUAUCACCAGACUUUAACUUUGACAGCAAUAUUGACAAUGUUGUAAUACGGCUGAAAACUUCGGAUGACCGUCCGCCUUAUAGACACCACAUGGAAUUUGUCAGGGAACUAACUUCAGGAUACACGGAAAUGACUUACACAUAUGAUGUGCCGCAGAAUCGUGUAACUGGAGAUAGCAGACUAUAUUAUAAAUAUUUCGUAGUUAAAAGUGCCCAACAUAAGCAAGGAAAAGCAGCCAAAAAUGGUCAGUGGGAGCACUAUUUUGUCAAAGGGCGCACAGGAGCUUCAUUUGAUAGAAAACUCCAUGUACCGCGGGAAAGAAUAGACUCAAAAAAAUCAACAAUUUGGCAUCAGUUUGAUGGUGUCGCAAACAGAAAAAGUGAUAAAGGCAUAUUUUUGAGUUUGAUAAAUGACCAUGUAUUUCGAAAUCAAAAGCUACAAGAUGAUUCUAAGUUAGCGAUGCAGGUAUUUGGAGAGCAAAUUAUCCAGCCCGUUUUAAGUGCGGACUUGUCUGCUUCUGUCGCAGUUCUUAAUAUAGGAGAGAUGACUGAAAGCUUGAUUCACGGGCUGCAGAAGACCUACGUAAAUGACGGGGAAUGUUUUAAAUCAGAGUAUGAAAUGAAGAAAGAACUUGGCAAAUAUUUAUUUGAACCAGUACUAAAUGUCUAUACAAGACUGCCUGAACGUCAAACACAAGAAACGGACAAGCAAUGGAAACGGCGAUUGAUAGUACAGCUGACAUUAUUGACCAUUUGGAAGGAGAUGAAGUCAGACAUAUCCAUGAGUACUUCUCAGCAACUGUGUAAAUCAUUCCUUAUAGCAAACAGCUCAGACAAAAAGACAUGCAAAGAGUUUGAGUUUAUAAAACAAACAUUUCCCACAAAAAUAGAGUUCUUUAAAGAAGCGUUGGUAACCCUGGGGAAAUUGACCACAGAGCAGUCAAAAGAUCCCUCCUGGCUGUAUACAAUGCCUUUGAUACAUUUUUUAUCUGGAGCUUGCAACCAAUUGAAUGAAAACACUAGACACGAUGACACUUUGCCGAAGUGGUGGGGCACCAUGAAUAGGGUGCAAGAUACUAUUGCAAACUUUAAGGCGCAUCAACACAAAAGAUGGGAAAUACCUCUUCUUGAGGUUAUACAAACACUCCAACCGUUGUUUGUUGUUGACUUCCUGCUACCAAGAACAAUUAUGGCAUGUCUCAAUGUGUCAGAGGUCUUUGAUGCCAUUUCUACAGGGAUGAUUCCAGUAGAAAUAUGCUGUGCAACACUUGUUUACUUCUUGAAAACAAAAGGAUCUUCCGGCUGGUUAGGAGGCGACGGUGAAGGAGAUGUCAUUUCAAAAUGCAUGCAGACUCUUGUUGAACAACUUACUCAGGGAGAUAAUGGUAGCUCAAAUAGGGAACUCGUCCAGUCCUGGUUUCUUCCAACGAAGAUUUCGUUAGAUCUAGUUCUACAGGCACUUCGAAUAAAAAGGAAUGACACCGCCAGUAACAGUAUCCGCGUAUUUCUGAUAUGUACCUCUAAUUAUGUCCGCUUAAAGGAACAUCGACCGAUGGAUCAAUAUUCACGACAGAAAGUCAUGAAAGAUUUUGAAACUGUUUAUCAGAAAACAAGAAUGUGGUUAAAUGACAAUUAUAGUCAUUGGUAUACAAGCUUGAGAGAAAGUAUAAUGGUAUGGAACGAAUGCAUGGUGCCAGGUGACAUGAUUCUACAAGAACUCGAAGAGUUAUGGAAUAUUUCACUGUCUGAUGACUUGGCUGGAAAGUUAACAUCCUUUAUUCACUGCCGGAGAGACAACACGGAAAAGGUCGUAAAGCUAUAUUGCAAGACAGUUGAUAGUUACAACCCAUUUAUGCAAAACUGCCUUCACGAAACAGCAGUUAAGGCAAUAGACGGUGCGUACAAUAUAGAUGUUGGACAUUUUGAUCAAAACCAGAGGGGGAGAUAUGGAACACUUCUCUCUACAAUGUUUCAUGCUGAAUGGUCAAAGAUAAUGCAAAAUGUAUCUGAUGUCAAUGAUAGAAACUUUUUGAAGCAAAUACUUGAGUGGUCACCAUUCCUCCGAUUUAUGAAAAUAUUGGUCUUACAAAAACAAUCGCAUCUACUCGACACCGAAUGCGAAGGAAAUUUGAUGGUUACAAUAGCAAUAGUUCAAUCACUAGUUGAAAGCCUCCUUAAGGGUUCCUUGACGAUUGGAGAUUUGCAGAUUAUGCAUGAAUAUGCUGAAACAUUUGCUGACAUAGCAUCACUCGUGAAAAUGGAUGACGAGCGAAACGAAAUCACAAAAGAAAUGAUACUUACAGGAAUAAAAAUUCGAAAGAAGGAACUAGAUAUGUUUCUAUCCAGAGCUGAAUUGAUUGCUUCUUUGGCUUUCUUAUGUACACCGCUUACCCGAGUUGAAAUGUCGACUUUUGACGAAGUGCUGAUUAAGCAAGCAACGAUUGAGAAUCAUACCCUGAAUGAAUUCUGCCAACCAGUUAAAAUUGAUUGCGUUGAAAACAUUGACGACGACUUUCUGCCAGAGCUCAUUGUAUUUAGGUUACCUGCAAGCAUAGAUGCCAUUUUACAGAAGAUGCAUUUGUGUAGAAAAAGUUCUGUAUUCUUUAAAAUGUGGAAGACUCAAUGCGAAAAAUGUGAUAAAGACUGUACGUCUCUUGAUGAUAUUCUCAAAGUGUGGACGCCAGUGUAUAAAAGGUUGGAAAAGGUUUUACGCGAAAUUGAAAGCGGAAAGAUACUUUUCUGUCAGUUUGAAGACCUUUUAGGCAGUAAUUGUGAAGAAGACUAUGAACAGAUUGAAAAUGAACUAAGAAUAUUACAAAUAAAGCAAGAUAUAAUUGAAACACGUGUUGAGCAAUUGAAAAAAUACAGAUAUCUGGAGACGUGCAAGAGUGGAGCAGAGUCAUUGUUACGUCUGAAAAGCGAGUGUAACCUCGAGGGUGAUUUUGAACAAAUAGAACUUAUAGCCGAUGAUGCCAGAGAAAACAUUGAAAUGGAACAGUUUGACGAUUCGCUUAUGGAUGCUUGCGAAUUCCUUAAGGACUUUAGCCGUAGCAGAGCUUCCUGUUUAAACACAUUUUUGAACUGUCAGCCGUUGGUACAGUGGCUCAAGGAAUCAAUGCAUACAUCGGGACUAAAAGAACUGCAGGUAUUUGUUGACUUAGCAUCAAUGUCUAUUGGAGAUGAUCCAUACAAUAUAGGCAAGGUACAGGCAUUACACUCAGCAGUGACAGGAUAUGCACCACUCAUAUUUGACCUAAGAGAGGAUUGUGGCUUCAAGGAGCUACUAGACCUAUGCAAAUUGGUAUGGCGGGAAUUGAAAGCAAAUCCAAAACUUCCAAAACAAUUAGAAGACACAAAUAGUCAAAUAGAAUGGCUUACAGAGAUAAAGAAUGCACAUGGGGUUGUAGAAGUACAAAAAGGCAUCGAUUAUUUGCUGUUCAAUUUGCUGAUUCUUGGAUGCCUGAUGGAUAAAACGGGAUAUGUUUGGAGAAAGUUAGAAACAGAUUUGUAUUUAAUUGAAACAAUGCCAAUCAUGACACCAGUUGCAGAAAAACAGGAAUUGGGAUAUCACUGUAUUCAUCCGAUGCUGGCAUUCCUGCCAGACAUAACAUGCAGAUCACCUCAAGAGAGCCUUGAGAUAUACAAGGGGGAGAUGUUACAGGAUCAUAAAGAAACUGAUCAACUAUUUGACGAGGAUGAAUAUCUUAGCGAGAAGUACCAAAGACCUUUCCAGUAUCUCCUCCGACUAACGAAGAAAACCAGUCUUGAAAAUGUUCACCCGGAUCGUCCAGAAGGAAAUCAACAGAUGUGUCUAGAAAUACUUCUAAGGUACUGUGGUAUUCAGGAUCCAUCUUGGUCAGAGCUUCACCAUUUCGUCUGGUUCCUUAACACGCAGUUAGUCGAUUUCAAAGAAAACGAUUUUGUGAGUAGAGCCGCUGCUGAUAUUCUACCCGGUUUUUCAACAUUUGUCCUGCGAUUUCUCAUUCAAAUGUCUAAAGACUUUUCAACGAGGUCGCUUUACAUCAGCGAGGAAUCUCCUGGUCUUAGACAUUGCCCACAAGUGAUGGAAACCGACGAUGAAGAAACUGAUGACAUAGUUCAAUUAUAUCAGAUGAGAAGAACUUGGGAGAGCAGUCCUCAUCCAUAUUUGUUUUUCAACUGGGACAGAUUAACCUUCACUUUUCUUGGAUUCAAUAUUCAAAAGGCGUCUGGAAAUCUUAUUGAUCAGCAGACUGGAAACGUCCUAGAAGAGUCUAUAAUGCAGAGCAAUCUGUACGAAGCUCUCGAGAGGAACCAUGUCCCACUCCAAGAACAUUUCAACUUGAUUCCUAGAGAGGAAAAGAUAAAGAAAUUGCGAGGUGUUAUGGGCAAACCAUCGUCAGAGGACCCGGAUAACACUUACGAGCUGACAACUGAUAAUGUGAAAAAAAUUCUGGCUAUCUACAUGAGAUUUAGAUGUGACAUUCCCGUCAUUAUAAUGGGAGAGACAGGUUGUGGGAAAACGCGUUUGGUCAAAUUUUUGUGUGGAUUACAAAUACCAAAAGGAGAAAAUAUUACAAACAUGGUCUUAAUGAAGGUUCAUGGAGGAACGACAAGCAAGGAUAUAAUCAAAAAAGUUCGAAAGGCUGAAGCUCUGGCGGAAUCAAAUAUGGAAAAAUACGGAAAACACAUGUAUACAGUGCUUUUCUUCGACGAAGCGAAUUCUACACAAGCCAUAGGUCUUAUUAAAGAAAUAAUGUGCGACAAAAGUAUGGAGGGAGAGAAACUACAAAUAUGUGUAAAUCUGAAGAUAGUUGCGGCUUGUAAUCCGUAUAGAAAACAUACGGAGGAACUUAUCAAGAAAUUGGAACAAGCAGGACUUGGGUACCACGUUGAUGCCGAUGAGACGAUAGACAGACUGGGUCGUGUCCCAAUGAGACGGCUGGUAUACAGAGUUCAACCAUUGCCCCAGAGUUUGCUUCCCCUAGUGUGGGAUUUUGGUCAGCUAAAUACGCAAGUAGAAGACUUGUAUAUCCAGCAGAUGGUCAAGAGACAUAUCGUUGCGGAAGAGCUCCCUGAUAUCACAGGAUUAAAAGAAGCCAUAAGUGCCAUACUCACGGCAUCUCAGGAUUAUAUGAGGCAGCAGAAGGAUGAGUGCAGUUUUGUAUCUUUACGAGACGUUGAACGUGUAUUGACGGUGAUGAGUUGGUUUUACAAGCAAAGUCAGAAUGAAAGAUUAUUAUACAAUCUAAUGGAUGAAAAACUAAACAUCCAAGUGGACACAGACGAGGACAGUGACACUGAUGAUGAUAUUAUAGAAGAGGAAACAGAUGUUCAGACGCCACACAGAGUCGAUGAUAUCACACGGUCUUUGAUUCUGGCAUUGGGAGUUUGUUACCACGCAUGUUUAAAGACUCGAGAACAGUAUCGGGAUAACAUUGCUUCUUAUUUUCAACAACCAUGUAAAUUACCAGGAGGAAGUCAGCAAAUUUUCAACGAAAUAGACUGCUGUCAAGAUGUCUUCCUAGAUCAAGUAGAUCUGGCUAAAAACAUUGCUCGUAACAUGGCAUUGAAGGAAAACGUAUUCAUGAUGGUCGUAUGUAUAGAGCUACGCAUUCCACUUUUCCUUAUCGGCAAACCAGGGAGUUCGAAAUCAUUAGCAAAAACGAUCGUAUCGGAUGCAAUGCGCGGAAAUGCUGCGAAACGAGAACUUUUCAGAGGAAUGAAACAGGCUCAGAUGGCAUCUUUCCAGUGUAGUCCACUGUCUACACCUGAUGGCAUUGUCGGAACAUUUAAGCAGUGCGCUAGAUUUCAAAGAGAUAAAAAUUUAGACACCUUUGUCUCAGUUGUUGUGCUUGAUGAAGUUGGGCUAGCUGAAGAUAGUCCUAGGAUGCCCUUAAAGACCUUACAUCCGCUUCUAGAAGAUGGUUGCCACGGAGAGGAAAAGCCUGAUGAAUACGAAGAGGACUUAAAUGCAGAUACGGAGGACGAAGAACAUGAACAAUAUCAAAUGGCCUUGCAUCCCCGUCCAGAGGACGAUCUUUUACAGGAAGAUAAACCUGAGAAAUACAAAAAGGUUGCUUUUAUCGGAAUAUCAAACUGGGCUCUAGAUCCAGCUAAAAUGAACAGAGGUAUUGUAGUGCAAAGAGAGGUUCCUGAUAUUGAAGAACUGAUCAACAGUGCUCGUGGUAUAUGCAGUACCGACGAAGAGAUACUGAGCCAGAUGGAGCACUUGAUUCAACCAAUGGCUGUUUCCUAUCUUGAGUUAUUUAAUACUGCAUCUGAAAAGACGCGGGAGUUUUUUGGUCUUAGGGACUUCUACAGCUUGGUUAAAAUGGUGUUCAGCUUUGUUGAGCAAUCGAAAAAAGCACCGACGUGGCACCAGAUGCUUCAUGCAAUCAAACGGAACUUUGAAGGUUUAGAUCAAGUAGACCCGGUGGAAAGUUUCAAAAAGCACCUAUCCAAAGUUCUCCAUGUUGAUAGUCGUCCAAGACAAGAUGACCCCGACUGCUCCGCAGCAGGACUGAUAAGAGCUUGUCUCUUUGACACAAACAACUUGCAGAGUGAAAGUCGAUAUAUGUUACUACUAACAGAGAAUUAUGGAGCACUAGCUAUCAUUCAGCAACUGAUAUUUGGGGGCAGUGAUGUUAUUAGACCUAUAACCAUAUUCGGAAGCAGCUUUCGUAGUGAUCAAGAAUACACUCAGGUGUGUCUUAACAUCAACAAGAUCAAAGUAUGUAUGGAAACAGGGAACACUGUUGUCCUACUAAACCUAGAGAACCUUUAUGAAAGUCUCUACGAUGCACUUAAUCAAUAUUACGUGUUCUUCGGUGAUGUCAGAUAUGUUGAUCUUGGGCUUGGAACGCAUAGAGUCAAGUGUCCUGUUCAUCCAGAUUUUAGGCUUAUAGUCAUCGCUGAAAAAGACACGGUUUACAAGAAAUUCCCAAUACCUCUGAUCAACAGAUUAGAAAAACACUUUCUGACCAUCAAUACAAUGUUGACUGAAAAGCAACGGCUGUUGGCAUCUAAAUUAGAACAAUGGGCUCGGGACUUUUCUUCACAAAACCAGUCUUUUCGGAUGAACAGAGAACAGACAAAAGAAACAAAAGUUGGCGAUGUCUUCAUUGGAUUCCAUGAGGAUUCGUGUUCUGCAAUUAUAUUAUAUGUGUGGCAGAAGUAUUCUACAGGACAAGAACUCUGCGAGGAAAAAUUAUUUCAAGAAGCGAAGUUUGUUUUGCUGUGGUGUGCCACGCCAGACGCAAUUGUACGGUUGAAGAAAAGCAGUCUUCCCGUAAGCGAACAGGAGAUGUUAUUUCGAAACUAUUUCAAUGAGCAGGCUCACAGCAGCAUUGUUGAAUACAUCAGCUAUAUGCUCCUUCAUCCGAACACCAAACAAUUUUACUCUCAGGUAACUACACACUCUAAGCUAUUGACAAGUGUUCACAUUGACGCAAUUGGUUUGGCAAGUGGAAUAGACGCUGAUAAAAUACUGUUACUUGAAACACUGUCUUCCUUUGACACUGAACAACAGUUUACCACUAAAAUAAGGCAGCACAUGAAGAUAACAGGCGACUCUGCCAAACUGAUUGUGAUUCAGUGUGACUCGGGGGAUGUCAAUGCGAAUCUAAUAGCUUGUGCGAGAUACUGUGUCAUGGAUGAAUUUGAGAAACUGAGAGAUGAAAUGACUGAACCUGUCCAUGUCGUUCUUAUUGUUCAACUCCCUAAGGUUUCCGGGGGCUGUUUUACUGGCUUUCAGUGCGGAAAAUGGCACUCGGCACACAUCGAUGAUUUACAACCUGAGGACAUGCACAUACCUUCGCUCGAAGAAAUGCAUGGGAAAUCAGUUGGAAUGUUAAUUGACGAUGCAGUUACAAGCCAAACAGAACCAAUGGAAACAGAUGAUAGUAGCUCGACUGGUGAAGCAAUGGAAUGGAAAAAUAAUACAGACACAUGCACAAGAAAUUUUCUGAACAGUGGACAGGAAGAUUUGAAACUUGACGAUGUUUUGUCUGAGUUUGAGAAUGUUGGCAACAAUGUCAAACGAAGAAUGGAACUAUACAAGAAUAAAUUAGAUGUAAAGAAGCUUGUGCUGUCAUGUGUGCAAUCGGCUCUGUCAAUGGUAAAAGAUAAAGCCGAGCGUAGUAACAGAGAAACAGAAAGAGUUGAUUUCGUAAUCAGGUUACUUCAUCAAGAUCCAGUUGAAGGACAAUCAUCAUUUUUACAAGGAAUAUGCGUUCUGAUAGCUAGGCUUUUGCAACAAAAAGAAAGAAAAGUAGGUACUGCAUAUAAUGCAACACAUUGGCUUGUAAAUGAAGCGGCAACAUUGGAAAACACAAGCAAGACUGGAACUUUCAGGAGCUCCUGCAUCAAAGUUUUGGAAAGUAAAGUCUCUCCCAUUUUGGCUGGAAUCAUCGCAUAUUGUGAUACAAAUGGAAAUCUUAGUAUUCUUCAAGAAACGCAGUACCCAUGGAAACAGCAGUUAUGGCUUGAAAUUCUGAACACGCCUGGAAUAAUAAACCUACAGUACAAAGAAUUCCAGUCCCCCAUUAAACUGAAUGAUUUAAAUGAGGUAACAGUUUUUUCAAGUGGCUGCGAAGGGCGUGCAUUUUAUGCCAGAAUGCCAUUUUCGUGGCUAUUUAUAGACAAAAUUUGUGAAGUUCUGAAUUUGGACCGUACAUCUAGAGAGAAACUUGAUCCGUGGGAAGCGAGGAAUGUACGGAUAGAAGCAUGUAGACGUGUACUCAGCGAGCACCCUUUGUUUAAAUUCUAUGAAGACAUUCGAAAUGAACGCAUCAUACUAGAAGGCAUUAGGGAAUAUACAUGUGAUCUGAUACGUACACUGUAUCCUGCUGGACCUAAUGAAGAGUUUGAUGUGGUGUUCGAUUCCAUAACUGCUAUGACUGAGACACUCCAAUAUGACAUGCCUGCUAGCAGCCUUCUUAAUUCGGUGAUCUACAUUCACCUAGCAUUUGAGGCCUUAUCUUCAAGACUAAACAGUUUUCACAUGUUGAACGUAGCAUGGCCGGAGUGCAGCGAAGCCAUUAUUAAACUGAAGGCAGAAAAUCCUGACCACUUCCUGUUCAAGGAAAAUGAAAUCACAUUCACAGGUGUGUAUCUGCUCAUUGAGAGUAUAGCACCUGGAAAAGACACAUUAGAAUCUGGAGGAGGCAGAUCCGAAUGGCUAGGUAAAGUGCACCGAUACAGGUCUGUAGUAGAAAAAGUCAUCAGCUUAUAUUCUGAAGAUCCUACACUUUACGGGGCCAAUGUCGCUCAGAUAGUACGAAAGAUAAAGAUGCUGUGGUCUAGAGUCACGGUCAUGAAAUUGUUUAUUGAACACGUAUGUGUGUCAGACGAAGAGAACAGAACGUCGGUGAAGCAUUAUACAUCACUUUGGUCGUUGCUAGGUGAUGAAGCAGACAUGAAAACAAAAGGAUCCUUUAUCGCUGUGGAAAAGUUCUUGAAAGCUUGCAAUAAAAAAGUGAUGAAGGAUUGCUUUAGAUCUGUAGACAAAUGCAGUGACUGUGAGAAGGUUUUAGAAGGAGCUCCUAUUACCUUGCCUUGUCAACACGUUCUUUGUGACCGUUGUUACAAUGACCUGAGAGCUGCCCAAACAAAUAAAUGUGCAAAAUGCCGAAAAAAAAUUGUUGAUGGAUGGGUUCCGGGGAAUACUGACGAAAAUGGUUCAGAAGAAAGACUGAAAGACUAUCAAAAAAGAUGCAACGCAUUUUUCAUGGACGUAAUAUCCCAGCUUAGUUUCGCCGACAAAACUGCUCCAUCUGACGAAGUAGUUGAAAAGUUGUUGAGCUAUGCAUUUUGCAGGACACGUGGAAAUCGCCAGUAUACUAAAGACCUCUCCAUAUUUAAUACGGGGAUAGAUCCAAACCCUGUGUUAAGAUCAUUUCUUCUACAACUUCUCCUGAAGACAAGUGAACAGCAAGUGUUAAAUAGUUUACGAAGAUAUCUUGACGAGAUGAAAGCGCUUUUUGACAAAGACACGAUGGACAGGGACGAUAUAUAUCUUUUGGUCAUUCACUGUUUAGAGGACAAGUUGUUGCAAGCCGCUUGCGCUGAUGAUGCUGGACUUGAUGGAUAUGCUUUAAAAACAUUACAAUCUGCUGCCAAAUCAUUAGAAAAGGAAGAUCUUAUCGAAAACCUAUACGGACUGGCAAGUGCUAGAAUGGGUUUAGCAGUUGUAGCCGAUUGUAUUGCUAAAAUUGUUAGACAAGACCUGGUGCAAAGUUCCAUAGAAACGCUUUUGGAAACUGCCAAACAUCUUUGUGAAAAAACGAAGUCAGGUUGGCCACGAACCUAUCUUGUGAAGUACUUGUGUCGCUGUUAUGGCAUUGACGUAUACCAGGCAGCAUGUAGCAGCCAGGUGUUCGAUCUUCGAUGGAUUGCAAUAAUGGAUAUGAAUGAAGUGGUGUCGGACAGAUAUAUUAUCUGUGGCGAAGUCUACACAGAACUUCGGGAGGCCGUCUCAUCAGCAUUACUUGAAGGAAAUAUCGAUAUUUUACAGAGGUCAAUUCUGAAAUGUGAAGGAAACGAUGUACGUGCAGAGAUUAUGUUACAGCUUGCUAUCUACAGAGUCGUUACAGUAUCACAUCUGUCUCCACAAGUUCAGAGAAAAUUCACACCUGAGAUGUUGUUGACUCUAUCUGAAUUUAUUAAAGAAAGUGACACUUUAAAGCAUAAGGAAUUGUCACUGAGACUGAUUGAAAAUCGGAUGAUACCUAAUGGAUUGGUAUCUGUUGAAGGUGAAGAUCUUCGAUUACAGGGAAUAAAGAGUCUAAUUGUUCACUUCCAUACGGUUUUAACACAAUUGAAAGGGGAAAGAACGUUACUUCAACCACUCAUAUCAUUGAUAGAAGAACCACAAAACUGCACUGACUUCUUCCUACCCACAAUGCCGCAGGAUGAACUUGAAGAUGUAAAGGAGGCGUUGCGUGCACAACAGGCCAUUGUAAAGGGAUCCGAAAAAUUAAUGUUUUACAGAUGCCCAAACAAGCAUGCAUACGUGAUUGGCGAUUGUGGGAGGCCAUAUGUAAAGUCCAAAUGUCACUGUGGAGCAGAAAUUGGUGGUGAAGGGCACAAAUUACUCGAUACCAACACAGCUGAUACAGCGACUGAUCAAACAAUGACUGGGCAUAUAUUGGGUGCAGCUGAUGCACGAGGUCCUGGUCCAAAAGCCGAAAGACUAAUGACACCUGCCGCAUGUGCAACAGUGAGACUUCUUAUUCACAUGGCAAUGUAUCUUGGAGUUGGCAGUGAUACUAAGGGAAUACAAGAACUCAUAAAACCUGAUAUAGAAACAGAUCAAGUUGAAGAAUUUCUAUGGCGGCACAUACAGCUAGAUGUAAAUGAUAUUCAAAGGGCAAUUACUAGAAGUGUAGAUGACGUCCUGUUAUUCAUGCACUGCAUCAUAAAUGGAAUAACCAAAAACCAUGAUUCGGAGAAUAUUGUUCAGGAAGAUUUGUAUCUUUUGUCUUCAAAACGAGGUAGACAGGAAUGGGAAGCUGCUUUUGUAUCCAGGUUCCUCAAAUGCCAUUUCUUGAACAUGGAUGAUAUUCUACACGAGAGCAAUCACAAGAUAGUGAAUGACGAAAGAUUAGGAGCGGAUCCUCUCCUUUGUCUGUUAUACGAGACAGACAAUCAGAUGAUGAGCCCGAGUGCUUUGCAAGAUUCGCCAAGAGUGUGGAGGUAUAGGACGCCAGUGUCUCUGCAACACCUAAGGCAAAGGUUAGAGGCAGAAACUGGAAGUGCUGAAAUUCCACAAAGCAAAUUUAAAAUAUUGCAGCAUUUCCUUGCCGAGGAAUACCAUUUAAGAGCUCUACGGUGUGUGCCAAGCAUUUUGCGUCUCCAGCGUUUACUAUUACAAAAAUAUCACAAGAAAAUAGACAAAGCAGAGGCUUCACAUAUUACUGUAGCCCAGCUCAAGAAAGAUGACGUUUCUGGAAGUGAUAUAGCCCAGUUGAUAGCAGAUUUGUCGGAAGCUUGGGAGUUGUCUAGAAACGAAUUGAGGUUUUACUCAUGCACCACUGAAGCAGGCUAUGCAACAAUUCCAGACGGAUUCUGUGAACACGGAAUAAAUGACGACACUCCAUUGUCCAUGUUGUUACCUACAACUGGUGGCGUGGGUUUAUGUUCUUUUGCACUUCUGGAUUUUCUUAUGAGAAAGCAAAAUGAUUUCUUAGAUAAAUACAUUAAGGAAACAGAAAGAAAUUCUGACCACAUUUCAAAGGUAUCUCCGAAAGAGGUGACUUCCGCACACUUGAUUAGCUACGAUGCUCUUCACGAUCUGCUUCCACUGAUUCUGGCUAACUGCAAGUACACGUUCAAGAUGGGUGAAGGGACUAGUAUCGAGUACGAUUUUGCAGGAUUAGAGAGGCAUCUCAUGGACAGAUUUUUGUUCUCAAAAUCAAAAAUUGACGUUGGAGUAAUUUUACCGAUUAAUAGGAUGGUGUACAGAACAGAGUCCACUAAUGCUGAAGUAUUCAAAAUGCUUGCUGAAUACAUAGAACAGGAAAGUCUAAAUGCAUCGGUGAAAACACAGAUAUGCGAAGAAUUGAGGAGCCUACCUGAUAUCUGUCAGUCGUUAUAUGACCUGGAUAUUACAAUUAGUUUCCUCAAGACUACAGGUGGUCUACCAAACCAGAAUCUUCACGAAUACAUGCGGAACACACUUCAAAUGGAGAGAACGGUUGCAAGUCAGAAGGCACAGCAGAUGUGCCGACUGAAGCAUGUCCAGUCGUUAUGGAUGUUACUUGCUUUUCAAAAGUCCAAAACAAUGAUAGACAAUCAGCAACAAAGAGAGUAUGCGUUUGAGAGUGUGCAGCAUGUAUUUGAUGUUGACCUUACAAACGAUCAUCUGGAGAACUUCAACCAUUAUAUGAAAGACUUAUCGGUAGAUAAGUUGAGCUUGCUAGUUGAGGUUUUGCAUGAAUUAAUCUUGCUGAAGGUUGCUGUUGAACAGAAUACAGAUGACCCGGAUUACACAGAUAUUGCAGGAAAACAAAUGAAAGACUGGUUAUUGGCUUACAUAGACGAGAAAGAGGAUCAUCCGCUGGACACUGCAAUAUUACUGGAAUUCCCUGAAGAUAUCAAGUUGGAACAUAGUGUUCAUACUUGGGUUGUUGCAUACAGAAUGUUGAAAGGGAAACAAACUGGGGCAUAUUCGAAAUACUGAAAACUUAUCCUGUGCGUUUGUUGACGUGGUCGUUUUUAUAGAAAGUAUAAACAUAUGAAUCUUAUCAUGUUUAAUGCAUUUGGUAGAAACCCAAAGUGAACUCAGACUUUUUGUAUAUAGUUGUUAGCUAUAUAUAUUUGUUUCAUGAUGGACUUUAUACUCGAGUACUGCUUUGAGACAAUAUGUCAUUUUUAAAAAAGAAUGUAUUUCAGUUUUGCACUUGCACUUUAUCAAAGUCUUUUUAUUCUUUAUGGUUUUUGUUUAUUACCUUCUUGUAUUUACCUUGAUACAUGUAUAGUGUACAGCUCGUUUAAAUGGGUCAGCCGUGUUGAUGUACUUAUAAAAUAGACUUGCCCGGUUUAUAGGUUGGUCAGGGCUACGGAUAUGUAUUGUAUUUUGCCAUCGGAAUAUUUGUAUAAAAUGCUUCUUCCCCUUCCGUUUGGAUCCGUCCAUGUUUACAAACACGUUUGUUUGUUUUAUGGACUGUAGUGUUAGUAAUGGUGAUAUACAACCUUCUGUUACGGUAACGUUCAUGUUACAUUUUCUGAGCAGAAAGUUGAUUGUUGAUUGUUGGAGCGUCUAAAGUAGUAUGAUCGUUAUUUUUGUUUGAGUACCUUAUAAUUAUUAUUUCAGAUAUGAUAAAUGUUUCUUAGUUAUGUAUGCAGUUAUAUAACAGACAUAAGAAUGUUUCUCAUUGCAGAGUUGGUGCAGCCGUUCUGCGCAAGCGCGGAAUUAUUAUCAAAUGGAACGCACGGCAAAAAUACUCAUUUUUUUGCAUGUCCGCGCGCAUAUAGUAUAUAAUAUGCAUAAUAUACUGACUAAAGGUUAGGGUUAGAAUCACUAUGGUUACAAAAUAUAUACAUUUAAGAUAUUUUUGUUCAAAUUUAGUUAAUCCGGUAUAUACCGAAGUCUGUAAUAUAUCACAGGCGCACCAACUCUGUAUUUAGUCACAGCCCAGACAUAAUACUUUAUGUACUUAAUCUCUAAAAUAAGAUUUACUCUGUCGGAAUGGAGAGUAGGUAGCGGAUAUUUAAGUUUAUUCGUGAAAUUGUUUUUCUUUUUUUAAUUUUCGUCUACUGUUAUACAGAUGCAUUUAACGAGUGGCAUUGUAUGUCAUGAAUGGAAAAUGUUGUUUAAUUUAUACCAAGUCUGUGUAUACUGCGAACAUUUAUAAUUAGCGACGUCGGCCGCAGUGAAAACAAUUAUACCUUUCCCGCACUGUUAAUAUUCGGGUUCUUUUCAAAGUAAAUAAAGAACAAUACUGUAACAAUAUCAACGAAGUUUUUACCUUUAUUCUAUAACCGUGUCUACGAUUGCAAUUACAUACGUGUACGUCUGUGCGUACAGGUAGACUUUCAUUCUAAUUUAAUAAGUAUUGAAACACAAUUACAUAGACGUUCAGUAUGUGCGUAUCGAGCGUCUUAUUUACUGAACACGUUGUAGCAGUCGCUAAUUAUUAUAUGUGUAUAGGGAUAAGCUACACGUAUGCGCUAAUAAUUAUAUGUGUAUAGGGAUAAGCUACACGUAUGCGCUAAUAAUUAUAUGUGUAUAGGGAUAAGCUACACGUAUGCGCUAAUUAUUAUAUGUGUAAAGGGAUAAGCUACACGUAUGUGCUAAUAAUUAUAUGUGUAAAGGGAUAAGCUAUACGUAUGCGCUAAUUAUGAUAUGUGUAAAGGGAUAAGCUACACGUAUGCGCUAAUAAUUAUAUGUGUAUAGGGAUAAGCUACACGUAUGCGCUAAUUAUUAUAUGUGUAAAGGGAUAAGCUACACGUAUGCGCUAAUAAUUAUAUGUGUAAAGGGAUAAGCUAUACGUAUGCGCUAAUUAUAAUAUGUGUAAAGGGAUAAGCUACACGUAUGCGCUAAUAAUUAUAUGUGUAUAGGGAUAAGCUACACGUAUGCGCUAAUUAUUAUAUGUGUAAAGGGAUAAGCUACACGUAUGCGCUAAUAAUUAUAUGUGUAAAGGGAUAAGCUACACGUAUGCGCUAAUUAUUAUAUGUGUAAAGGGAUAAACUACAGUACAUAUUAUGUUAUCAGUAUUUUCCCGUAUCACUAGACAGUGUCUGAUAAAUUGUUUAAUGAUUUUCACAGUGUCAUUCCAUUUUUAGGUUUUAUUGUUUCACUUUCGUUUGUUGAGUUGUAGACCUUUUAAUGUAGAUAUAUACUUAAGUAUUUCAUGUUACCAUGUUUUAUUCAGCAUCUACUUAAUUGCAACCUCUUUUGAUGAAAUAAUUGAGAAUGUGUGCCUUAUCAAUGUAUCGUAUCAGUAACAUCGGUAAUGUAUCUGUAGUAUACAAUGCAUCAUUUAUAUGAUCAUGUAUAUUUGGUAUUACCUGUAAAAUUAUUUCUAUUUUUUACUGAUAAUGCCAUGAUUCUCGUGUUUGUUGUUGUUGUUGUAUUAAAAUAUUUAUCACACAGUAUUUAGAUGUGAGUGUCAUCUGUAUAUUGUCCUCAUUCACGCCAACACAUAAACAUGUCUUUAAAGGGUCUGGACGCCAGAUUUUGGCCAAACUUGAUAUUUCUUUAAAAUUGAAGUUUGGUCAUAUUAUGAACAUUAAAACCUGAGUUUGUGUGCUAAUCUAUUUUAACAAAUGUGACAUCGUAAAGUAUAAAACAGGUCUUUGUCUGGAAUCGAACCCAAGCUGCCUCGGCAAUAAAGACUUUUUUACUUCCUUGAGUACACCAAGAAGAUUGGUACAUAGUGGCCGUUACUUGUAAUGCUUUGUAAUUACUAGUAAUGUAGUUUAUUUGGAAUGGAAAAAUUAGUAAAAACAAAUAAUUCUAAUGUGUUUCCAUAACAUAUAAUUUGUCAGUUUUAAAGCUUCUUCAGAAAUAAAGCAAUAUUUCUCCGAUAUAAAAAAAAUGUUUUCUUUUUUUUUAUCAUACGAUCUUAAGGUCAAUGUCUUUAAACUUAACGCUCUGUACGUACAUAUAAUGUCAGUUUUGUUAUUAUUCCUGGUCCUUUGGGAUCAAUUACUCUAUUGAAUGUUUUAUUACAGAUUUGUAAGAGGAAUCAGUUAAACCCUGACUGCUAAUACUUUGCUUGGUUUCGUCCUGUGCUUCAAAAUGAUCCUUUUAUUAUUGUAUACAGACAUUUUAUACGUAUCAUUGUCUCCAUGAAAUGUCUCUAUGCCGUCUAAAAGUAAACAAAUUAGACAUACUGAAAACACAACAAACUUGAUAAGAUCCGGAGAGUGUUUCUUAUGUAUCAAUAUGUGGUCAUAUGUAUGGCAGCCGUUCAGAAAGUAAGCUUUAUUGCACAUAUAUGUUUACAUUCUUGACAUAGGCAAGUCAUUAUCAGUUUGGUUGAGUUAUCAUACAAACAGUUUUGGACUAUGGAGUACGUGUAUUAUCUAUUGUAGUUAAAAUGUCAGUAAUAUAUAAUAAACGUCAUUUUGUUUAACUGUA